AUGGAUCCAUAUCACUACGAAAACAUCCAUGACCCACACGGCUGCAGCUUCCCCAUCCACCCGCAGCCGCCUCUCCUCCUCCACCACUACCCGGCCGCCGCGCUCGCGGAGAGCCGGGUCAGCAGGGGCGGUGCCGGACGGCGCCGCCCCGGCGCGAAGCUCUCGACUGACCCCCAGAGCGUUGCGGCGCGGGAGCGCCGGCACCGGAUCAGCGACCGCUUCCGCGUGCUCCGCAGCCUCGUGCCCGGCGGCAGCAAGAUGGACACCGUCUCCAUGCUGGAGCAGGCCAUCCACUACGUCAAGUUCCUCAAGGCGCAGGUCAGCCUGCACCAGGCCGCGCUCAUACAGCACGAGGAGGGCUGCGGCGGCGUCGUCCAUGGCGAGUUCGCCGGCGCCGCUGGCGAGGUGACGGCGAUGGAGCUUCCGGCAGCGCAGGCGCUGCAGGAGGUGAUGAGCCGCUACUACGCUGCAGCUCAUCAGGUGGAAGAGCUUGAUCUAUGCGCGGGGCAGAUGAGCAGUAGUUCUCACGAUCUGCCUCCGCUGCCUUCCUGCAUCUUGGAUGAGGAGUCUGCGGCCGCGUGCUACUCCGGGUGCAGCCUCCAAGCCGAGGAGAUCGCUCACGCUCACGGAUCUUAUUAG